GUAGGACGUCCGGACAAUCGUUUGAGCUAAAUUUCAUGUCCUAAAAGCUCAGGGAGAUGAGAGGACAGUGACACCGCCUCAGUCUCUGCGCUCUCACCGAGGACCGAGCACCGAGGCGAGGCUCUGUCACACAGCCGCACCGACAUGUCCCGCAAGGCGGAAUAACGCACUUAGCAGGUGCGGCUCGUCCGUUCAACGACACUUUUACAACCUUAUAAAAUACUCGACGUUUGCGUCUUUUCAGCCUUAAUAAGGUUGAAACCCUGGUGUGAGUCCUGACGUUGUUAGCUAUGGCAUCGGCAAACGUUACUUUGGAAAAUCAGCUGCAUAGCGCACAGAAGAACCUGCUGUUCCUGCAGCAGGAUCACGCCAGUACCCUAAAGGGUCUGCACGCAGAGAUCCGCAGAUUGCAACAGCAAUGCACAGACCUGACAUACGAGCUCACUGUGAGAAGCUCCGAUCCCUCUGACAGCAGCGAGGUCCGCUGCAAGGAGCUGCAAAGGAGGUGUGAGGAGCUUGAGGCUGAGCUGAAGAAGAAGGAGGAGGAGAACACGGAGCUGCUGAGGGACCUGGAGCAGAAGAACGCCAUGAUCUCUGUCCUGGAAAACACCAUCAAGGAGAGAGAGAAGAAGUAUUUGGAGGAGCUCAAGAUGAAGAGCCAUAAGCUGGCGAUUCUCUCCGGGGAGCUCGAGCAGAGAGCAAGCACCAUUGCUUACCUUACCUCACAACUUCACGCCACUAAAAAGAAGUUGUUAGCUGGCAGCUCCUCUGAAGCCAGCCCCAAUGUCAGUCCAGUAGCCUCAUACAAGCCCACGCCUCCUCCAGCCAAGGACAGACAGCCUGAGACCCCCCGUCGCCGCAUGAAGAAGAGCCUCUCCCAGCCUCUUCACCCAGAGUUAACAGAGGUGUACCGGGUCGGCUCGGACGGAAGGCGUCUGGUUUUGCGGGAGACGGUUGAUGCCAUGCCUGACCCCACGCCCUUCCUUCAAGCAGGCAGAGAAUCCCCAGAACCGCAGGUCGUGCGCGAGCGGCCCGCCGUCAUCCCUCCCAUCGCCUCUGAUCGCUCCUCCGUCCCGGCCCUGGGGGGUGCCAUGGCCAGCCCUCGCCACAGCCCCGCUCGAGACCGCCAGUUCAGGGCUCACGUGGGUGUCGCACACCGUAUCCCACACGGCAACCCCCCAGUGGCUCCGCCGCAGGCAGAGCUGGAGACGCUGGCCGUGGACCAGGUCAGCGAGGAGAAGGUCGUGCGGAAGCGCUCAGGAGCCGACAGGACAGUUUGACACUGCUAUGCUGACAUGCACAUCAACGCACACACACACACACACAACACACAUCUACUGUAUAUACACUACUACUGCAAGAGCAGGAAGGAGCCUGACCCACUGUGUAGCCUGCUUUUUACACAACACUGCAAUCUAAAAAGAAAACAUCACCACCUUUUUGUUUAUGGUAUUCCAUAAAUAUCCUUUCAAAGACUACUCUAAAGCAUGCCAAAUGUUUCUCAUACAACAACAUUGAAAUCUUGUAUUACACACAUGUUGAUUUUUUUUUUUUUUUGCUUAUACCUUAUCGUCAACCCCAUUCAGACUUGUUAACAUCCGACCAAAGUGACCUGAUCACAAGUGGACUGCACCAGGCACAGGUCUGAAGGUCAGGUCCUCGUGCUUCCUGAAUUCGUCUCGAACACGGACAUUAGUCCCUUAACUUCUCACUCACUAGUUUCAGAACAUGUCAACUUUGUAAAUCGUGUUCCCAUUUCAAGGAAAGUAGACGAUACAGCACAGCGCACGCGAGUGUGACUGACACCUGGUGCUUAUUUGUAGGAGACGUCUGUGAAUUUACAACUAUGUCCAUUUUAUAUACAGUCUUCGGGAAGCAUAAGAGGACCCCUCCUCUGACCUGCCGCUGCAGUUUCACAGUAUUUUGACACUUUUCAGCCCCCUUACAUCACAGUAACAUUCUUAAUUCAUGUCGCAACAGUGAGAAUAGUACUUUUCCCGUCUCUCACACGAGACAAGACUCCCGAAUCGUACUCCAAAAAAAAAAAUCAAAUCAAAUCACACCACUUGUGACGGGAUUUCUCUGGACGGAUGUGGAGUCUGAACGGGGGUCUUCAUGUGGUGCACACACACACCACACUCUCAGCCAAAUAUCUGCAUCAGUGCCUGCUUGACUGGUUCAACGACAAAAGCUGUGUAGUGUUGGUGAUGGCUAUAGUAGUUAACUCGACAUAUCACCGUCUCCUCCGCAAAGGUCCGGGCAUAAACAACAAACUAUAUAACAAGAUGUCUGCCGCCUCGUAGGAUAGAAACGACAUAAUCAAACUUAAAUGCUUCCGAAAACCUCUCAUCUUCUCGUGAUAUCAGUAUAAAAUCGCUAUCGUCGGCGGAAUCUGCGAACGUGCAAUUGAAUCCAAAGUGACGGCAAAAACAGUUUGGAUGCAGGACGGCGAAGUGGGAGGAUGUUUGUGUUACUGUGUGUGCGUGUCACAGAGAGAAUGGAAGUGUGUGUGUGUGUGUGUGUGUGUGUCGGAGAGAAACAAUGAAGGCCAUUGAGAGAAGUGGCUUCGACGAAAUGCAUCGAUGUUAUUUGUGAUAUGAGGGCAUUUUUGACAACUGCUGUUACAUGAUUUUGUGAUAUUAUCUGUACUUUAUAAAGGCUGUGCAUUUGUAAUGAUUUUUUUUUUUUUAUUUAAUUUAUUGUUAAAGAACAAAAGCACCUCUGAUAAAUCGACAGUAGUUAACGGCACCGGGAACAUGUGAUGACAAAUAUAAUCACUUCAUAAUCUGCAUUUCACAUUAACAUCCUUGAAGUAUCGGAAAUCAAUACAAUAAAGCUGUGCUUUUUUUGGCUUUGGUUA